GCUUUUGACAGUAGGAUCAGUUGCAGCGCGAACAAAAAUAAAAACAAAAAACGGUGAUGUGUCAUUUCAGGCUGCGGGAUUGAAAAUUCUUUCCUACCCAAAUGUGAGGGAUAUUCGCGCUGUGUUAUUGUUCCAUGACUUGUCACUUGCGAUCUGUUACGACGCUGGCAGCAGUGGUAUCCGCCUAAGAUUCCUUCGCCGGACCGGUUUGUAACAGAAUGGACUCCCAAAAAUAUACAGUUUCGUCCGUCCGACAGGAUAUCAUCGAUAACAAUUUACAUGUUAAAGCUAUUAUACAGGAUAUUUUAGCAUUCCGUGGUACAAUUGCGGAACUUGACACAUUGAACGAGGCAGGACGAGCCAAAUUAGCUGCACUUAGAAAAUGUAUCGAACGAUUGGAUGAUUGGGCCCGCGACGAGGGUGAUCAAGAUGUGUAUAAGGAAGUCGAUCAGCACAGAGAACAAUUCUCAAGAACUCUCCAGGCAUUCCGCAAAGCAAACAUAUCCACUAUGCUGGAGAUCGAGAAGCAACAGAAGGAAGAACUAUUUGAGCUUAGUCCAGACAAUGAACUGCGCCAACGGUUUCCAUCCGGGGUGGCGGCGGCUGGUAAAUCGAACCGCUCUUCACUUUUAUCGCAGCAGGAGAGUGUCACCGAUCGAAUGCGCUCGAUAUCCCAACAGCUAUCGGAUACAACGCAGAAAAGUGCUGCCACGCUUGAAACGCUUAUAUACUCUAGCACCAGUGUGGAAGGAACCCGCGAUGAGCUGCUGAACACCGCCGGGACCAUUUCCCAAUCGGGGAAACUGUUGAAGAAGUACGGCCGGCGAGAGUGCACCGACAAGAUUCUACUAUUUUUUGCAUUUGCUUUUUUUCUGGCUUGCGUGUUCUAUAUCGUGCAGAAAAGACUAUUCUAGAGUGGCGGAAGAACGCCACAGCGUAAUUGUUUUGUGAGGUAGAAUAAAACAGCAAGUAUUAAAAUUUUCUCAA